AGCACGCCGUUCAUACGAUCGAAAACAACUCCGAAGGUUAAGCAGCGGCAGCGAGAUCAUAUUUUUUGUGAUAUAAUUUAUUUCGUCUCUUUGGACAAAAUAAUCGAUUAAAAUAACCGGCUCGUGUCAAUUGUGUACGUACAUACGACCAAGAUUACGUCUUCAUUUAAUUUGAGAGAUUAUGAAGUGCACAACGCCUGAAAUCUCGUGGCACAAUCGCGACCCGGUGCUCAGCGUUGACAUACAGAACGGUUUAUGUGAAAAUUCAAAGGGAGAGACGUUUUGGAGAGUUGCAACCGGAGGAGCAGAUUGCCACGUCUUGAUUUGGCAUUUAACGACAAGUGGCAUACUGGGUGGAGCUAUUUUGAACUUUGCAGCGGAUCUGGAACGUCAUCAAAGAGCAGUAAACGUGGUGAGAUUUUCACCGUCCAAGCAACUUCUGGCAUCGGGAGAUGAUGAAUCGAUUAUCAUCCUGUGGAGACAAAAUGAAAAACAAGAAUCCUCGCCAUCCAAAGAUGACACUGAGAACAAAGAACACUGGACUUCGUGGAAGACACUGAAGGGCCAUCUUGAAGACAUUUAUGACAUCAGUUGGUCACCUGAUUCCAAUUUCUUGAUUUCGGGAUCGGUUGACAACACUGCUAUGCUAUGGGAUGUCAAAAAGGGUCGUUCAACCGCAAUAUUGUCGGAUCAUAAGGGUUUCGUUCAGGGUGUAUCUUGGGAUCCUUGCAACGAAUAUGUCUGUACUGUUAGCACAGAUAGACAAUGCCGUUUAAUAAGUGUUGCUACGAAGAAGGUCGUUCAACGUGUUUUUAAAUCCACGAUUCCAACACCAGCCGGCAGCCCGUUGGAAGGAAAGAUAAUGCGUUUGUUUUACGACGAUACGUUUAAAUCCUUCUUCCGCAGGCUGACUUUUUCUCCGGACGGAACGCUCAUUUUCGUUCCUUCCGGAAUAAUCGAGUCGCAAGACACCGCAGCGCCUAUAUCGAACGCAACCAUGGUUUUCUCUAGACAGAAUAUAAAAGAACCGAUAAUGGUGUUGCCGACUCAGAAUGAAUGUACAAUAGCAGUGCGAUGUUGUCCCGUGUAUUUCGAGAUACGAGAGGACGGACCAGAUGCGGUAAUACCGUUGCCGUACAGGAUUGUAUUCGCCGUGGCAACGCAAAAUUCCGUAAUAAUUUACGAUACGCAACAGAUUUCUCCCAUUUGCGUCAUAUCGCUGAUUCAUUACGGAAGACUGAACGAUCUUUCGUGGUAAGUAAUUGUCACGAUGUGCCAGUCAUCGCUUGAAUUAUUUCAAAAAUUUCUAUCUACUUUCUACUUUUUCUCUCUCUUACUCAGGUCCAGCAACGGUCGAAUUUUAAUUGUGUGUUCAAGUGACGGAUAUUGUUCGGUAAUACAUUUCGACAAGGACGAAUUGGGUAAAAUUUAUGAAACGAAAACUACUCCAACGAAAGAUGCCGCGAAGAAAGACGCGGCAAAAGAAACAUCGAAGAAAUUCAGUGUUAAGCAACAGUCUUCAACAAGCAACGAUGCGAAAGACAGUGCGAUAAAAAGAAACGUUCCGAUAUUUGCUGUCGACGAUUGCGCAAUGGAUAUCGAUCUCGCAACAAGCACAAAUACCGAUGCGACGGCACAUAAUCGAUUCGACGAACGAAAAACUCACGGAGUCGCGGAAAGUGAUCGAAGUGAAAAAUUGGAAAUCGAUAAUUUGCAAUUAAAAAAGAGUUCGUAUGAGGAAGAAACGGAAGAAGAUAUCAAGUUGGUGUACGAGGACAGUGACAGCAAUAUCAAGAAACUAGCGACGAGCAUUUCGCCGAAGAAAAUCGUUCCUCCUCCGAUAAAUCAAAGACCUCCCAGGAGAGUGGAAUUGAUAACUUUGUCGAGUCCAAAGGGAGGCAAAAAGAAAUAAAUUAUCUUGUAACAUAAUUUAUGAAAUAAUUUUUCGAGACCUAUAGUACGAUUCCUAGUGUACAUCUAUUUUUAUACACACACACAUAUAUAUAUAUAUAAUGUUACUUUUUUUUAUAUUCGCUCGUACACGAGAAUUUACA